AUGCCUACCGAUCUGUCUCGCUAUUCGCUGUUCAUGGCAAAACCCGCACAAGCUGAAGAGGCGCAAAAGCGAUCCUUUGAGCAAUGGGGCAAGUAUAUGACUCUGGAGGAAUACCUUGGGCGAGAUGCCAGAGUUCAGAGAAGCACGGUUGGGAAGGAUGGUCAAUUUGUAGCAUGGGUACUCGCACCUCGAGACGACCCAACAACAUUAGAUUUCAUGUGUGCCUGUAAAACCUUCCGCCGAGAAGUGGUCAUCACGAAAGGAACCGGUUCCAACUCCUCAACAGAAACCGGCGUGGGUUAUGGAAUCGCAUCCGUCUACACUCCUCCAGAGAAAAGGAAGAAAGGCUACAGGAAGCACAUGAUGCAACUCUUACACUGGGUUCUCUUGAGACCAGAAGCACUUCCAAAAUUCCCUCAAGAGUGGGGCGCCCCGCCUACCCGCCACGAAGGAUUAGGAGAUGGGUCUGUGUCCGUCCUGUACAGUGUUGUCGGCACACGAUUCUACCAAUCUUGUGGACUACUGCAAGAGUCCGACGAUGGUUGGGUCACAGCGGAGAAUCGAGCUUCAACUGUUUGGAAGGUAGACCCGUUGGCUAAAUGGGCCAAGGACCGACCAGCGCAGGAAGCAAUCAAGUGGGAGUGGCUGGACAGGGAUUGUAUCCUUGCAGUCUGGGAGAAGGAUUCAUCAGCAAUCCGAGAGGAGAUGACCCAAGUGCAGCUGAGGGACGGUGUUCAGGCCGGCUUUUCUUUCAUUCCCGGGAGUGGUCUAGGCGAGUUCCAACACCUCCACGUCCACUCUUUCAUAGAAAAGCAGGACCCGAAGCCGCAGUUCUUUGGUGUGGCCAUCGGCGAGGAGCAGGGCGCAUCCAGUCAUGCGUACGCAUCAUGGACUUUCAGUUACUACCCUCGUGCCGGGAAGAUGAUCAUAACCCGGUUGCACGCCCCAGCUACUCUGAUCUCAGAAUUGCUUGCACAGAUCGCGGAAUACAGCAAAGCUCUCUGUAUGGAGACCUUGGAGGUGUGGAACCUCCCAGAGGAACUGCUACCAGUCGCACACGAGGCGGGAGGUGUCACCACAACACUGGACAGGCAUAUCCCAUGCAUGAAGUGGUAUGGCCCGGAGAAUGUUGAGUGGGUGAACAACCAGAAGUGA